AUGCACGGCUUUCACAAGUCCCCCAGCCCAGCCAAGAGUCGUCAGGUCCAGAAAAGGCCUAACAGGGAAAAGGUACCCGGUGUUCGACCAUGUGAGAACCAAGAACACAUGUCUUUCCCUUCUCUUCCCCAAGGUUUUCACCUCACCUCUGAGAUGAAGUCACGUACGAAACUCCUGAAGAAGAGACAGUUGGUGGAUCCGGAUGAGGAGCCAGGGACGAUCCCGAAAUACAGCCUCCACCACCACAAAGUCUCCUCUCCUGUUGUGGUGAUCCAGGAACGAAACCGAGUGCUAGGAGCUCCUGCCCGAAGGGAAAGUUAUUAA